GCUCUUCUUCUUCCCGGUGCAGCCACCCAAAGAAAAAAAAAAGAAAGGGGAACCCGGCACCAGCCUUUGAGAAACCGGUGAGAUGAGCUUGAUUUCUCCUUCUUUUCUUGCUCUACAACACAUGUAGAACCCAGAAAUUUCCCCCACCCCUCUGCAGAAUCCUGAUCUGCUCUGCUUUGCUCUGUCCUUCCGCCGGCUGCUCCUGCUUUGUGGGGGUGAUUUGCUCCGGUUUUGGCCCCGUGAGUCCCCUGCACUUGCCGCCGGCCUCCUCCCCAAUCUGCACUCCGGUUUUGCUUGCUGGAUUUAUGGAAGCGAAACCGAGGACGGGGAAACCACGGGAAAUGACGAGUUAGAAGGCUAGUCAUUGUAAUUGGAUAUGAAAUUUUAGAGAUAAAUAAUGACCUUGUAAACUAGACGUUAAUUGGAGAUUUUGAUAUCAGAGCAAAUAUUGAGAUUUUUAUCUUCAGAUUUUGAUGGUAUCAGAUUGUGGUGUGAUAAGUUCCGAGCCUUGUGCGUUUGUGGGUUCCUCUCACGAGUGCACAGCAUCUGUCGCGUCCCCGGAUUUGGGUUCUGGGGCGUGACAACCUAGCCUACAUGUUUUUGGUUUAAGAAUGGCAUGGCAUAACCUUAAAAGUAAUGCUAGUAACUUUAUGCGUUUGCGAUUUUGCAAUGAUGCAUUUUGCCACUGUGAAGCUAUUUUAAAAGACUAACUUACCGUGUCAAGGUUAGAAGUGACUAUAAUAAUGAAGUGCAUGAAUC